CACUUUUUGAUUUGUGUCGUAGUCUUGCUCGUUACCUUCGGUAUGCGUCAGAGUUGUAAACGUGCUCGAGUGUCUGUAGCGCGUACAGCUGGGUGAGACCAAUCAGAACUCAGAACCUCUAGCCCAAGUUGGACGCGCGACACUCUGCUCUUUGCAGAUGCAAACCAUUGCUCGAGCCAAAAUCUAAUGCGCAAGACUACGUUUAAGCCAUGAAUCAGAAAGCGGCUAUUUCCUGCGAUUCGUGUCGGCAACGCAAAUGCAAAUGUGACCGAAAGUUGUAUGGCAUAGGCGACUUUCUACGUAGCCCCACUAUAGAUUGCUAAGUGCCUGAAGGCCGGUCUGUACGCAAUGCCGCACUACCUUGCGUAAUGACUGCCAGUACUCAGAGGUCAACAAGAGGUACCGAAUUCAGACCUUAGUUUUCAAUAGGAUCGACAAAUAAUAGCAGAAACGCAGAGGAAUACCCCAGGGCUAUCUGAAUGCCCUUGAGCAGAGACUGGCCGAAACCGAAUUGGCACUCUUCAGGACCCUCUCUGAACAGCAAUCCCAUGCUCAGCCUUCCGCGGUCAUGAAUGAGGAAAAACUUCGGGAACUUCGGACAUCGGUUUCACACCGAGCGAAAAACGAGAACCUGGAAGAGUGGAAACAGUACCCCCUUAUCACCCCAGCAGACCGCGCAAGGUGGCUUUCUUUUAAACGGUCACAACUUGGGUACAUAUUUGAAACUUCAGUACAAGUACCAGACGAGGCGGAUGAUCUUCCGGUUCAGAUGGAGCAUCAAUAUUACUCGCAAACCUCUCUAAACAACCGCACUGACUCUUCGAUAAACCAUGGCAACACUCCAUCUCAUAGGACGCUAAGUACUCCCUUUCCGGCCCAAUCCGUAGAGACAAGCAGAGCGGCUAAAAGUAUUGCCCAGUCAUACGCUGAUAGUCACAAAAACAUUUAUUUUUGAUAUUUUGGGCUAUACGAAAACAGUUUUUGUGGGCAGAAAUGUUCAAGCUUUACAUCAUACGUAAAAAAAGGGAUCCAAAGAAUGUCCUGGCCGGCACGAAACGUCUAAGUUUAAAGAUCUCUUCCAUUAUGGCCCUUCUGAGAUUCGCACAUACUUUCUUUCAUGUCUAAUACAGCCAAGAAGAACCGUUCUCUUCGUUUUUGGUAUGUGUUGCCCGACACGACAAACUCCCCAGUUUCUGCGCAAAAUACCCUUGCCGUUGAAAGAAUACAUCAAUUCAGGCGGAUUUAUUUGACUGGCCUCGAGCCUUGAUCUCAUCGCAAACAGCUUUAGUUACUUCAGCGGUCUUUGCUGAACCACCAAGGUCUGCUGUAACGAUGCCCUUCUCGCAAACAUUCUCAACACAUUCCAUGAGGAAUUUGCUGGCGGCAUCUUCGCCCAACCAAGCUAGCAUUUCUGCUGCAGUCCAGAAGGUGGCUACGGGGUUGGCUAAACCUUUUCCCGUAAUAUCAAAAGCACUGCCAUGAAUUGGCUCAAACAUCGAGGGAUUUUCGCGGGUGGGGUCUAGGUUGGACGUUGGCGCGAUGCCGAUUGAGCCUGCGAGCGCCGCAGCAAGAUCUGACAAGAUAUCGGCGUGCUAAACAAGAACUGGUUAGCCGCACGGUGUGGUAUCUAAGGUCAUGCUGCUUACCAGAUUUGUGGCGACGAUAGUAUCAAGGCUCUCCGGCUUCAGAACCAUGCGGCAAGUCAUCGCAUCCACAAGCAUAAACUCCAUUGUCACCUCAGGAAACGCCUUUGCGGUCUCCCUUGCAAUCUCAUCCCACAUAACCAUCCCAUUACGUUGAGCGUUACUCUUCGUCACGACGGUAAUGUGUUUUCGAGGACGGGAUUUGGCCGUCUCGAAUGCAAAUUGCAUAAUCCGUUCUACAGCGUGCCGGGUGAAAAUGGAAACCUCAGUCGAUGUCUCCCACGGCUUGCCAAGAUGUGAACGGCCCCCUUGUCCAGCAUACUCGCCUUCAGAGUUUUCGCGGAUGAUCACCCAAUCCAGGUCGCCGAUCUUGCAGUUUCGCAAAGGCGAUUGCGUACCACGGAACACCUUGGUCGGUCGAACAUUGGCAUAUUGUUGCAACGGCUGACAGAUAGCGAGGCGGAGGCCCCACAGUGAGAUGUGAUCCGGCACAUCUGGUGCUCCCACCGCGCCAAACAGAAUCGCGUCGUGCUUUUUGAGCUGUUCGAGACCGCCAUCCGGUAUGUAUUUUCCGGUUUUCUUGUAGGUCUCGGAGCUCCAGUCGUAGUGCUUGAAGUGAAGGUCAAAGGUACCCAGAGUUUGAGUGAGAGUAUUUAGAACUUCAAUGCCAGCAUCUAUGACCUCGGGGCCAAUCCCGUCCGCCGGAAUGGACGCGAUGCUGUAUGUGGUCUUUGUGUUAACAAGUGAAGGUGACAUGACGAGAGGGUUUAAUAAAGUGAUGUGCUCUUUUGUCUUACUUCCG